GUGACGCUGGGGGGCGGUAGCGUUUCUUUCAGACUCCUACGAGGACUUACCCGCGCAGCUCGCGUUAGAGGAGGAAAGACGACAAACUUGAGAGUUAACGUACGGGGCAACAAUGAGUUUAGACGUGAAAAAACUGAAAGUGAAUGAGUUAAAGGAGGAGCUCCAGCGCCGCGGCCUCGACACCAGAGGCCUGAAGGCGGACCUGAUGGAGAGGCUGAAAGCCGCUCUGGAGGCUGAUGCUGAGGAGGAUAGCUCGGAGCAAACAGGGCAGGAGGAAUAUGGCGAAGAAACUCAAGAGGAAGAGGAUGCUAAGGAGCAACAAGCAGAUCAAGACUAUGGAGGUGGUGAUGAUGAUGAUGAUGAUGGUGGUGAAGGUGAUAACCCUCAAGAGGAAGAUGAGGGCAGAGAUUCAGGUGGCUUCUACGAGGAAGAGGAGGCAGAAGCCGAGCAGUAUGAAAGUCGGCAAACUUCAGAUUCUGGACACGGCGAUAUGCACAGAUCAAGCUUGAUGUCCGAGGAGGAGAGCAAGCUGGAGACGAAGAUUGAGGAGAACACAAAUGAAAUUAAAACCGAAAUCAAAACAGAAGACGAGGUUGAGCCAGUUGAAGACAGACGAGAAGGGGCUCAGGGGACAGAACAGCAAGACCAGGAUGAAAUCAAAGUGGAAGAGAACAAGGGUGGAAACAGCCGAAAGAGACCACACGAGGAGAACAGGGGCUACAGCUACUAUGAGCACCGUGAGGAGAAGAGAUCUCGGACACCACAACCUCCUGCUGAAGACGAAGAGGAGAACGUAGAUGACUCCAUAGUCACAAUUGAUACAUACAACUGUGAUCUGCACUUCAAAGUGUCCAGGGAUCGGUACAAUGGUUAUCCACUGACCAUUGAGGGCUUUGCUUACCUGUGGGCUGGAGCUCGAGCAACUCAUGGUGUCACUCAGGGACGUGUUUGUUAUGAGAUGAAGAUUAAUGAGGAAAUUCCUGUGAAGCACCUUCCCAGCAGUGAGCCUGACCCCCACGUGGUCAGGAUUGGGUGGUCCCUCAACAACUGUAGCACUCAGCUCGGCGAGGAGCCGUUUUCUUUUGGAUAUGGAGGGACAGGGAAAAAAUCCAGUGACUGCAAGUUUGCAGACUACGGCGAGAAGUUUGGUGAAAACGACGUCAUCGGCUGCUACAUUGACUUCGAAAGCAGCAAUGAGGUUGAGAUGGGCUUCUCCAAGAACGGAGUGAAUCUGGGCGUGGCUUUCCGGACAACCAAAGAGGCGCUGGCAGGACGCGCCCUCUUCCCCCACGUGCUGGUGAAAAACUGCGCUGUUGAGUUCAACUUUGGGCAGAAGCGGGAGCCCUACUUCCCCCAGCAAGAAGGAUACACCUUCCUCCACGAUCGUCCCAUGGAGGAGAAAAUCAGAGGCACAAAGGGACCUGCCAACAAAUCUGAAUGCGAGAUUUUGAUGAUGGUUGGUCUGCCUGCCUGUGGGAAAACCACAUGGGCCAUAAAGCACGCUGCAGAAAAUCCAGAUAAAAAGUACAACAUCCUGGGCACAAACGCCAUCAUGGACAAGAUGAAGAUGAUGGGCCUCCGUCGUCAGAGAAACUACGCGGGGCGCUGGGAUGUCCUCAUCCAGCAGGCCACCCAGUGUCUGAACAGGCUGAUCGAGAUCGCCGCUCGCAAGAGACGCAACUACAUCCUGGAUCAGACAAAUGUAUAUGGAUCAGCAAGGAGACGAAAAAUGCGUCCUUUUGAAGGUUUUCAACGCAAGGCUAUUGUAAUUUGUCCCACGGACGAGGAUUUUAAAGAACGAACAUUAAAGCAAACCAAUGAGCAGGGGAAGGAUGUGCCCGAUCAUGCAGUGUUAGAAAUGAAAGCCAACUUUACCCUCCCUGAACCCAGCGACUUCCUGGAGGACGUGGCAUUUGUCGAGCUCCAUCGUGAAGAGGCUGAAAAGCUGGUGAAGCAGUACAACGAGGAGGGCCGCAAGGCCGGCCCACCCCCUGAGAAGCGCUUUGACAACAGGCAGGGCGGGUUUCGCGGCCGCAGCAGUGGCAACUAUCAGCGCUAUGAUAACCGUGAUGGGUUCCGCGGUGGCUACCAGAACCGUAGCGGAGAUGGAGGCAGCGGGUACAGAGGAGGUUACAGUCGCGGCAGCUACAACCAGAACCGAUGGGGUAACAACUACCGUGACGGAGGCUCAGAUGCACGCGGCAGCUACAACCGCUCCCAGCAGUCAGGGGGAAACUACAAUCGCCCGGCCUCCUACAACAAAGGAGGAUACAGCCAGGGUUACAGCCAGAGCUACAAUCCGGGGUACAACCAGGGCAGCUACAACCAGAACUACUACAGCGGCUACAGUCAGUACCCUGGAUACAGCCAGAGCUACAGCCAGACGCCUGCAACAGUACAGACGUACAACCACCACCAGCAGCCCCCGGCGCAGCAACCACCAGCGCAGCAACAGCAGCAGAGCUACAACCAGCAAUAUCAGCAGUAUGCUCAGCAGUGGCAGCAAUACUACCAAAACCAGAACCAGUGGAACCAGUACUAUAGCCAGUAUGGUGGCUAUCCUGGACAGGGCAGCCAAGGCUCCUCUUCUGGUUCCCAGUAGCUUUCUCCUGCACCAGUUCCUGCAUCUGCCAGUCUCCCCCAACACCUCUGACCUCUGCCGUUGAUUCUUUUUUGUUUUUUUGUAUAGUUUCUCUUCAAGUCACCAACUAUGAAUCCUGUCUGUUUUAACACUCUAGCCUCCGUUUCUCACACAGGUUGUUAUACAGUUGGAUGUCUGAUUGUUUUUUACUGAGCCGAGUCUUUAAGCAUUGAACGUGAGGUUGUAGAUGAUAGCUUAUUCUAAACAUGUAAUGAAUGUUAAUGAUUAUACAUCAGAUGUGGAUGUCUGACUUCCACAUUUCCCUCAGUUUCAAGAGGUGACCGUGUAUAUUUAUAGGCUACGAAGUGAAAAGACGACAGGAAGAGAGCAGUAAGGCCCGACUAAGCUUAACAGAGAACAAAAUGCAUGCUUUUUACCUUCAUGACGCUUCCCGCUGUCUUGCUCUUUACUUUUCAGUUACCGAGUGAGCAUCUUUUAUUUACCGCAAUAGAAACCGAACAUUAUGGAGCUUUUUUAUAGGUGUUGGUACUGUAGUAUUUAAUCUGACCUUUGAUUAUGAGUAAUCCUUUGCUGCUUGUGUAGUUGUAUUUGCAUUUUUUUUAAAUUUCCAUCCCUUUUUUUGAUUGAUGUUCAUUGAGUCCUGUAGUUCCAGACGUUUUUUUUUUUUCUACCUUUAAAAACAAAAAAAAAGAAAAUCAGAUUUUUGACCGGUUACGCCAACUGUCUUGUCUUUAUACAAUAAACACAGUUGUAAACACCU